GAAAUGGAGAGCUCGAAGGUGCCCCCAAAAAUAGGAGUUUCGAGGCCUCCGGGAGACCAAGAAAGAGGGUAAAUGGAAGAGCUGGAGACCACUUUACUCCAGACUGGGAAAGCACACCGAAUAGAACAAAUGGUGGCUCGCUGGCUGCGCCGCUCCCGUGAUAGCUCCGCUCGGGCUAAAGUUGCUGCUGCUGGUGGGUCUGGUGGGACCUCAACGCACACCCUCACCCCUGUGAGGCACACAGUGAAGAUAGACAAAGACAUCCUGCUUCAGGACUAUGGAUUUCACGUUUCGGAGAACCUCCCCCUCACUGUGGUGGCAGUCACGGCAGGAGGCUCUGCUCAUGGCAAGCUUUUCCCUGGUGAUCAGAUCCUCCAAAUGAACAAUGAACCUGCUGAAGAACUUUCCUGUGAACGGGCCAUGGAUAUUCUUAGGGAAGCUGAAGAUUCUCUUUCAGUCACAGUUGUUCGCUUCACAUCGGGAGUCCCCAAAUCCUCCUUCCUGACUGAGGAGAAGAGGGCCAGGUUGAAGACCAACCCUGUGAAAGUACACUUUGCAGAAGAAGUGCUUGUCAGUGGACACAGCCAGGGUAACUCUCUGCUAUGUAUGCCCAACGUGCUCAAGCUGUACUUGGAGAAUGGACAGACCAAAGCUUUCAAGUUUGAGGCAAACACAACUGUGAAGGACAUCAUCCUCACGGUGAAGGAGAAGCUGUCCAUCCGAAGUAUCGAGUACUUUGCACUGGCCCUGGAAGAGCAGUACAGCAUCUCAAGGCUGCACCUGCUACACGAGGAGGAGCUUAUUGAGCAGGUGGUGGAAAGGGAGGAGGCUCAUGACUCCCGCUGCCUCUUCAGGGUGUGUUUUCUUCCCAAGGACCCCCUGGACCUCCUGAAAGAAGAUCCUGUGGCCUUUGAAUAUCUCUACUUGCAGAGCUGCAGCGAUGUGCUCCAGGAGCGCUUCGCUAUGGAAAUGAAAUGCAACUCUGCACUCAGGCUCGCAGCCCUGCACAUCCAGGAGCGGAUCUACGCAUGUGCCCAGCCACAGAAGAUCUCUUUGAAGUAUAUAGAAAAAGACUGGGGAAUAGAGAACUUUAUAUCUCCAACUUUACUCCGAAACAUGAAGGGCAAAGACAUCAAGAAAGCCAUUAGCUACCACAUGAAGAGGAACCAGACUUUGCUGGAACCCCGACAGAAGCAACUUAUUUCUGCUGCUCAGCUACGUUUAAAUUAUCUACAGAUCCUUGGGGAACUCAAGACGUAUGGUGGGAAAAUCUUUAAUGCGACUUUAAUGCUACAGGAUAGAGAAUCCUACGUUGCCCUUCUGGUUGGAGCCAAGUAUGGGAUUAGCCAAAUUAUCAAUAGCAAACUCAACAUCAUGUCUACACUGGCAGAGUUUGCCAGCAUCAACCGCAUCGAGUUGACAGAAGAGUCUGAGAAAGUGAGCAUGGUCAAAGUGUAUCUCCAGGACAUUAAGGUUUUGACAUUGCUGCUGGAAUCCAACAGUGCAAAAGACCUAGCCUGCCUGAUUGCUGGGUACUACAGGCUGUUUGUUGACCCAAUUAACACCAUUUUCUUCUGGCCUGGAAAUCGACAGCAAGUGCACCGAGUAUCUGCUGAAGAAGGCUAUGAGUCGAGAGCCUGCAGUGACUCAGAGGAGUCAUCAGAAGUGGAAUGUGUGCUGGAGUCUCUCUCUGACCAGCGCCUGGUAAAGUUGGGUCUCUGUAGAACAUUUGCUAAAGAUGAGCCACCUCCUGGGGACAGCUCCAUGCCUGAGGUGACCAGGAAGGGCCCGAGUACCAGCGGGGCCAGCAGCAUGACGGACAGUGUGGAAUCUGAGGCAUCAGACUCGGCCAACACGGAGAGCAGGGGCUGCAGGACCAGCGGCUCAAGCGAGUCCAUAAAUGCCCUGGAAGAGGAUGACUUGGACACCUGCUCCUCCAGCAGGUCCGGCUUCUUCCACUUCAGCCCUCCAGGCUUCCAAGAGGGUCUGGAUUGUGAUAGCCAAGAAGAGAGGAGCAGGAUUGAGACCAGCGGCUUCUUCUGCCUCCUAGACUUGGCAGAGAGUGUCACCCCUCAGUGCCAGAAGACAGAAUGUCCCCAGGGCUUAGCUCCUGAGACUGGUAGCUGGGGAGCAGAGCUCAGCGUGAGCAAGCUGGACCCCAGGCUCUAUGAGGACAGCCCGAGGGACUACUACAGCCUGUGCUCCAGAGUGUCCCCCGCCAGCCACCUGAGCGACAGUUCAGAGAGCACUGCUUCCCGGCAGGGUGGGGGCCCACCAGUGUGGGUCCAGCAAGGCUGGAUAGAAGUGCAGCCUGGUACCACACCCGAAGGCCUGGCCCUGGCCCCAACUCUGGCCUUUGAGGAUGGAAGUUCAGAUGAGGAAUACUUUGAUGCGGCUGAUAAGCUAACGCCACCAGACACUCUGGAAGGACCCAGAAUUGCAGAACCCAGUGCCACAAGCUUGCAGAGUAAGACUAGCACUUGCAGCUCUGAAGACAACUCACAUCUUGGGCCAGAUGGAAGAGAGCCAAGCAGGAGGGGAGGGGUGAAGAAAUAUGCCAAGACCCUGAGGAAAAGGAGGUCCUUCCUGCAGACUGACUAUACCUCUCAAGUCUCCUUUCCCCUGGUGCCAUCAGCCUCCCUGGAAAGCAUGGACGAUGUGUGCUACUAUGACAGGGAGCCCUACCUAACCCUUGGUGCACCCUCCCCAACUGUGUCCUCUCUACAGGACAUGCAAAGUGAGCCAGGCCUCCUGGAGACCAAGGCCCUGGGGCUGCUGGCUUCCCUGCGGGAAACCAAGAGCAAAAACCCAGCCUCCAGGGUUAUGGAGAUGGAACCAGAAACCAUGGAAACCAAGUCAGUCAUUGACUCUCGAGUGUCGUCUAUUUCUGCCAUUCGCCUCCGGAUUGAUCUCAACAAUAAGGACAGUCCUGAGGGGGCACCUUUGCCAGCCUCUGUUGACCCUUCCUCAGCUAGUGCUCCUCACUGUCCCAACCCAGGUUUUCUCAACCAAGAGGUUGCUCAGACAAAGUCUUUCCAAAUCUUAUCUCCAUUUCAAGACCUGGACGCCACUGAGCCCCAAGAAGUAACCACAGAGCCUGGGGCCAGUGCCUUCCCCCUCUCCACUGCUGACCAUAGCUCUGGCAAUCCAAAGCUUCAUAAUAUCUCUUUGGGAGACACAAUGGAGCUGGGAGAUGUCCAAUUGGAAAUGGGAUCUGUUUUUACACAUCAAGUGCAAGAAACUGCCUCCCAAUACACAGAGCCUUUGUUGUCUCCUGGAGACCAGCCUAGAAGCUGUGAAUGUGGGAUGAACUCGGGAGAGAUGGCCCCUGUCCUUACAGAAGAGGAGCAACAAGUGGGAAGUGAGAGCAAAGUUACAAACAAAAAUAGUACUGACCUAUUUCCGGGGAGACCUGGGAAAGAGUCCAGGGCCUCCAGAGGUGAUGUGUCAGACUCUGUUCUGCAGGCUCUUGAUGUGAAUACCCCAGCUGGUGAAAUAAUCACUUUCUUCUUAGAGGCUCCUGGAACUGAGCAGACUCCUUCUCCUCUUCCCAGAAGCCUCCAAGGCCAAAGCAGUGAAGCCCACGCCCAAGCCUGCCAAGCCCAAGAAGAAAAACUGUUAACAGAGGUGGACUUAGACCCCGAUUUCUUACUUGGAGAGCAGACUAGCUCAUUAGUGUCUCCUCUAGAGGAAGUCAAGGCAGAGCCCCUUAACCACGGGGUAGGGGAAGAUGCAGCAUCGAGGGACACAUCUCAGCAGGUGUGUUUAAACCCAGCACCUUCCCUGACAGAAGAGCCCCACCUGGAAGCUUCGAAUCAUUGCCAAGAACUGUCAGAGAGCAAAGACGACCCUUCUAGCAUUUGCCUUCCUACUGAGAAACCGUUCCUGUGCUUUGUCUCAGAAAGCCAUGCUGAAGCUGCUGCCAGUCUCACUAGGGCCGUGUCUCUGGGUUUUGCUGGUAUGGAUGAGGUGCUGGUCCCUGGCAUGGGCAUGGAUCAAUGCAGCUGCCAGUUCUCCUAUGCCACAUGCUUCCGUGGUCCACAGCCCGAGACAGAGGAAGAAGACAGGGGCGCGCAAGCACACUCCACCGCACCCCUCACCUCACCACCUCCUGCUGGGGGUCCCAUGGUUCUGCCCUGGAGGGCUGCCCGGGCCCACAGCUGCAGCACUGCAUCCCUGUCAAGGAAAAUCCACAUUUGGCCAGAGUACUGCUCCAGGGCAUUGCAGCAGUUGAAAGCUACCCCCACCAGCACACCUGAGGGCUUCGUCCAACUCAUGGAGAGCUUGCUGGAGAUGCAAGACAUUUUAGAAGCUUCUUGGGGGAUUGGAAACAAGCAUCCCCCAGAAAAAUGCACCUGGCACUUUUCAGAAAGCCGGAACCGCCUGUGCAUGGGCUCCCAGAAGCUCCUGUCAAGCUGUCAGCACGUGAUCAGAAUGGACCAGUCCCCCGAGGAGAUGCAGGGUGCCGUGCGUGACACCUUCCAGCACCUCGUCCAGCUGGCGGGCCUAUGCUUCCAGUUCACGGACUGCAGCCGCUGCUCUGCUCGGCACAGGGAGGCAGCUGGGAACCUGAGGGACGUGGUCUAUACCUACUAUCAGUUUGUAGAGGCUGCAAAAUUGACCUGUGAGCGAGGUUACCACGACCUGAGUGUGAAACUCUUGGCCCGUCAGUGCACGGCCCUCACAGCUGCUGUGUUUUGUUUGACCCAGAAGUUUCGGGCUUCUACUGCCCUGUGAACAGAUGAACUGCCCAGGUACUCCCUACCCUGCCUGGACCUCUCCAGCAAAGACCCUUCUAGUCCUUUACACAACCCCUUCAAAUGUUUACUAUAUAAGUAUUCAAA